AUGACAAAGCAUAUUCCUACUGCUCCCCGCCAAUCCAAUCUAUGCAUGAAUGCUGUUCUUAAUAGCACAAGUGCAGGUGUUGUUGCUCCAAUUGAUACAUCAACUCCAGAAGUAGCAGUUGACACAGCCCCUGAAGUUCAAGUUGCUGUGACCCCAAUAGAUCACGUCCUUACCUUGUUGGCAGCCAACAAUGUGUCAAUGCAAUCCUUGCAAGAAAAUGCAAAAGGAGUGACUGAUGCAAUAACUCAUUUGAAGAAUGUCCUGGAUUUGUCCAACAAGACAAAUGAAUUUUUGAAGAACUCGGUCCUUCAGCUCAUGACUGCAAAUGCCAAAAUAAAAAAGGCAAUGACCGGCCAAAAUUCCAUGAUGCCUUCUGCUGUACCGGCGGAUUCUUCUUCUUCCAUGGAUGAUGAUCUUGACCUUGGAGCAAAACAUCAUCCCUUGAUUUCUAAACCAAACUUUGUUAGCACAGACCUGCUUAAAGUUGCUGAGAAUAAUAAUAGAUCAGCAUGGUCAAUGACUGGCACGUAUGGCAAUAAGUACAACAAGACACUUGCACUGGCUCUCUUCAAGUACCUGAGACCUCAAAGAUGUUGCACAAAUGUGUCAAAGAGUGUCAUUAUGAAUAUAAUAAAGAAUAACUACCAAAAUCAAGUGCGAGUCUUCCAGACCUCAGCAGAGAAGAUUAUGGCUAGAAAUAAAGCUGGAAGAAGACGCAACAGAAAGAAGACCAUAAGUUUUAAAAUAAACUUCUUGACCGUUCUCCAGACGUUUAUUAGUACUAUUGAUGAACUUACUGUUAUCCGUUUGAAGAAAAAUUCAGAAAGCUUGAAAAAGCACAUCUCUUAUGAGAAAGAAGUGAGCAUUCCUGAGAAUUUGGCAGUCACUUUACCAGAUUGGUACUUUCAAAAUAAAUCAUUUUUUUCUUGCCAACUAUUUUAG